GCAUCCUCUGGGGCCGGAGAAGCUCGGUGCCAGUUGGAUUACCCAGAAAGAUGUAUCCCUUUUGUUGCCCUGGAGCAGUGGGAAUGAGUGAAACCCAGAGCCAGAAAGGCAAUAAACACAACGUACAGAUUUGAAGAAAUCCCAGAGAGGUGAAGGAACUUUGUCCUUUAAAACUCCAGGCUUUCCAACUCCAUUUGAUGCCAUCAGAAUUACCAUCUUAAUGCCCAGGUUGGUUUCUACUUGCAUCUUUUAACCUUGAAGACAACAAAAUACACUUGGAUCUAUCGCUUUUUUGGAAAAUUUCUCUACUAAGCAAUAAAUUACCCACUGUAUUCUUAUAGUAUAGAAGGUUUUGAGUUCUCCAAAUCUAAACAAGAUUUCCUUCUAUUUCCCCAUGAAGCCACAUUGUUGCUUAUUCACUUUAGUGGUGAGUGUUACUGUGCCAACUGCUUUUGUUUUGGAAGAUGCAGACUUCAACCAAAUGGCCCCACGGAGAGAAAAUCACAGUUCUUACAAUGUAUCAUUUCCCCCAAGCUUUGAACUCUCACCAAGUUCCCACUCAGGUGAUGAUGUCAUCAUAGCCAAAGAGGGAAGUAGUGUUUCAAUGGAGUGUCUUCUCACAGCUGGUCACUAUGAAGAUGUCCAUUGGUACAACUCAAAAGGACAGCAACUGGAUGGCAGAGGCAGAGGUGGAAAAUGGUUGGUUUCUGAUAACUUCCUAAACAUCACCAGCGUAGCCUUUGAUGACCGUGGGCUCUAUACGUGUUUCGUCACCUCUCCAACUCAUGCCUCCUACUCUGUCACCCUACGUGUUAUCUUCACCUCGGGAGACAUGAGUGUCUAUUACAUGAUUGUUUGCCUGAUUGCCUUUACAAUCACUCUUAUCUUGAAUGUCACACGGCUGUGCAUGAUGAGCAGCCAUCUUCGCAAGACCGAGAAGGCCAUCAAUGAAUUCUUUAGAACCGAAGGGGCUGAGAAACUUCAGAAGGCCUUUGAGAUUGCAAAACGAAUCCCCAUCAUCACCUCAGCCAAAACUCUAGAGCUCGCCAAAGUUACACAGUUUAAGACCAUGGAGUUUGCACGUUACAUUGAAGAACUGGCAAGAAGUGUUCCUCUUCCACCCCUUAUUCUGAACUGCCGAGCCUUUGUAGAGGAAAUGUUUGAGGCCGUGCGAGUAGAUGACCCUGAUGACAUGGGAGAAAGAAUUAAAGAGAGACCUGCCUUGAAUGCUCAAAGCGGCAUAUUUGUCAUUAACCCAGAGAUGGGGCGGAGUAAUUCACCAGGAGGAGAUUCAGAUGAUGGCUCUCUGAAUGAACAAGGCCAGGAGAUAGCAGUUCAGGUUUCUGUCCAUCUUCAGUCAGAGACAAAAAGUAUUGAUACAGAUUCUCAAGACAGCAGUCAUUUCAGCCCACCUGAUGAUAUAGGAUCUGCUGAAUCUAACAAAGAUGGGGCAUAUGAAAACUCUCAGCUAUAGGCUAUCUCAAUACCUACAAAAACAGCUAUCAGAUAAAGAAUUGUUUCUUGAAAAAAAGCAACAUUUUUACCAAAAGAUAACUUGGGUUAAUAUUAAGCACAUCAGAACAUGAAUUGCCAAAACCUUUGUAAAAAUUCGGUGGUUUUCCUAUCUGCUUUUUCUUAGUCAUAUUCCUUCACCUUGAUUAAAGCAUGUUAAGAUUUAAAGGAAUCUAAGAGAGAAACAUGAUGGGAAAAGUACUGAACUAAGAAUCCCAUGGUUCCUGGUCACAGAUCGUUCAGGUGUUAGGUCUGACACUUAUCUUGAGGCUUCAGUUUUCCCAUGAGUAAGAUAGGGGAUUUGUAUUAGAUGAGAUCUGAAGUUGUUUCUAGUCCUAUAGCUUACCCAUCACCUUUAAACCACUGAAAUCUUCAGCACAUCUCCAAGUAAACCUUUCCCUAGACUUUUAGUCCCUCUUUUUGGAGAGAAUCAAGCUUAGAAUUUAUUCAGUGAUACAGGUUUAUACAUCAUUGUCAUAAUGCUCAAAGGUAUAAGAGUUUUUCAGAUGUUUUGCCUUGUGGAAGGUACAGCGAUAUGUGCUAGGUUGAAUCUCUUCAGUGUCUAUGUUGUUAUAGUGAUACAGAGGCACAGAUAUCAGAGGGCUAACUGCUAUUUUAUAAACUACUUUCCAUGAGUAAAUUGGUCCUUCUUGGGAUAUAUCAUAUCUUUUCAACUUACUGCAGUGUUUUUCAAACUUUUUUAUCUCAUGGCACACUGGAACCUAUACUUAAACUUCCACAACACACUUAAAUUAUGUUGACCAAAAAAAAAGUAUAAAAGAAUAUGUUCACUAUGCUUUGAACUUCUUUCAAAAAUAAUUUAGUUAAUGAUCUGUAAAAUUUUCAUGACACAUCAAGACACCAUUGUGCCACAGCACACCAUUUGAAAAUCACUGACUUACUGAGAUGUUAUUUAGUUCAUUGAGGCUGGCAGUGAUUUCCCAACUUAUCCCCUGAAGUGAGUAAUUUGUUGCCUUUGGUGUGUUUAGAAUAAGAACAAUAUCAGAUCAUCUAUCUCUGACAAAUCAUGGAUUUUGAUAUAUCUGUUAAUAGACUUUCUCAGGUGUUCCCUUUUUAAAAGUACUGGACUCUACAAGUAGAUUCUAUAUUUAGGAAAGCAUUCUAGGAUAAAACCCAGAGCUUUAGUUCUCUUUAGACCUCUGUCAACUCUGUUAAAUCUCUGUGGUCUUAAAUAUGGUGCUAAAGGUUGCAUGCCUCCUAAUCUUGUUUGUUUUGUUUAUAUUUUGUCAAGGUUUUUUUUUGUUUGUUUUUGUGUAUUUCAGAUACAUAAUUCUAAACUAGGGCUAAUUUUGUGGUCUUUCUGAGAAGCUCUUUCCUGAAAUAAGAUUAGGUAAUUAUGAGGGUAUGGUAGUUACUGUAUUAAAACACACACACA